AUGGGGGGUGGAGAGUUUCCUUAAGGCACCAGAGAGCAGCAGCUUUACAACAUCUUGUCCUCUCGUGUUGGUAGCGGUUCCUGUGUGUUUUGAGGAGUACGCAGAUAUGGUGGUGCUGAGGUUGGCCGUGCUACUCCAGGGGCUGCUUCUCGCAGCACGAUGUGAGGUCAGAGCCAGAGACCCGGAGCUAGAAGAGGAGGAUGAGCUGAAGGACAUGUCAGACGCUGGUGGAUGGGACCACGGAGUACCACUGGUUGGGUUUGGAGCACCUCAUCAUGGUCAAGGACUAAACAGGCAGACUCCUGAUGUGUAUGGGUCUGUCCACCAUCCACUUGGUCAUGGACACCAUGAUCCCACUCCUGAACAUCUUUCUCCAGACCCAUCAGACCCAUCAGAUCCAUCAGCCGGGGGCUCUUUACCUCGCACUGGGAAUUGGUGUGCGUUUGUUCACAAGCAGGCUGUUACUGUGGUAGUAUAUUGUGGAACUGAGAAGUACACCAUAAGGUCCCAGAGUCCUUGUCCUAACCGCACCCCAGACUGCCAGCUAGUCAUGUACAAGCUGUCCACUCGGCCAGUGUACAGACAGAAGGAGAAAAUCCAAACUGCACUGCUGUGGGGAUGCUGCCCUGGGCAUGCUGGGAAAAACUGUGAGGAAACAGGACAUCACAAACCAACUCAGGAGAACGGCGAGCAGAAUGAUUAUCAAAUGUUUGGCGGUCCACCAUAUGAAGCUCAACAACCUGAUGUAGAGAAUCAAACUGCAGCAGAGCCCACAGAUGACUAUGAGCAUGGCCGUCAUGCUAGCCACGACCACUCUGAGAGGAGAGGUGUUCCUCAACCUGAAACUCCUUACCUUCACCACGGGCUCCUACCAAUCUUUAAAGACGCUGUGAUGUCUCACCUGCAACCUAUGUUGGACGGUUUCAAUCUAACCAUGGAACGGCUUUCUCAGGAGGUGCAGGGUUUGCAGCGGGACAUGGCCCAACUCCGACAUGAGCAGGGGCAGGGGAGGGUCACUAAGCCUCUGGAGGUUGGUGGUGAGGAGCACCAUCCACAGGAGGCUGUUGAGGCAGAGUUGAGGGAGAGUUUACAGAAACUGGAGGAAGUGAAAACUCAGUUUCGCAUCCACCGCGAUGAGGUAGAAGCGAGUCUCCACUUGCAGCAAACCAUGCUGCACUACAACCUGACGAAUUUCAAGACAGACAUAGAUGUCAAAAUCAAACGUAACCAAAAGAUGUUACAGGUGAAUCUCCACUCGCUGAACACGUCAAUGUCUGAGGUGCGGCAGGAGCAGGAGAGGCUGGAUGAGGAGCUUCAGAAGAUUGGGCCUGAAAAGAAGACCAAUCCUUCACAGAGUCAGUAUUAUGAGAGCACAGCUGUUUGGGAGGCCAUCACACGUCUGGACAACAAAGUUAUCAACAACACAGUGAGACUUAGUGGCUUGAUUGAAGGCCAUGAACAAGUGACUGCAAACAUUGAGGACCUCCAAAAUGGUUGGAAAGAUCUGGACGAUAAAAUAGUCCAGACUGGCCGCAACAGCCAGGUUCAGUUUAUGGAGACAGUUUUAGAGGUGGAGGCAGCCAAGGUAGCAGUUCUUGACCGCAUUAAUGAGCUGAACGGCAACAUCAGUGUUCUCCAAAGCACUCUGCAGGAGAUGGAGAUUGAAGUCGACAAUCUCUUUACGGAUUAUUACAAGCAUAUAAGUUCGGCAAGAGAGGAUUGUGACUGUAUUGCGCUUGGAGCAUCGGUGACCCAGUUGGAAGAAACUGUAGCUAAUGUGAAAGAGAUAGCGAAUGAAAAUAAGCUGGCCCGUGAGCGUAAGGCUCAGGAGAUGUCAGACAGUCUGUCUUUGAUUCCAACUGUGGAAGAUCUGAAACUAGGGCUACAAAAUGUGCAAAAGUCUCUUGCUUUUGAACAGGAAAAGAGCAGAAUGUUACAGCACAGUGUGAUGCAACUCCAGGCCUCUCUUCUGGGCAACCAGCAGGACAUUGAUAUACUCCAAGAGCAUGACAGGGCCAAGGUCAAGGAGAUCCAGCAACUACAUAGCAUUUUCAACACCUUGCUCCAGGAUGCCAUUCGUCAUUCGAAUGUACUUGAGAUUUUGCUUGGGGAAGAGGUGUUGGAGGUCAUGGCAUGGUCUAAUGAGGAAAAAAUAAGUUUCUCUUUACCAAAAUUGAAGGAAAGCAUCAGAGAUAUGCAAAAACAGAUCAAUGGACACAGUCGCAGUUUGGCCUCAAUGUUGAACUCUGCUUCGCCUCAGGUGAUGGCAGCGGAUGAGCCCUCAGUGCUUUCAGACUGGCCCUCGGUGGGCAUCAAAAGAAGAUUUGACCUUUCCGAGGAGUACUCUGAUAAUGACUUCUGGACUUUAGAGAAAAUGGUGAAAGAACUUGCAGCUGACAUUAAACAGCUUGAGAAACAUCGUUGUUCUUCUUGCUGCAACUGCACUAGAACUCCCCCUGGUGGCGUGAAACUGCAGUCAGAGGUGGAUACUUUGCGUAAGGACCUUGAGACCCACCUUAGAGUUUUUAACAGCAUUUUCAGUAAUACAGAGGGACUUACUGACCCUGAGAUAUCCGUAGAUUUGAAUAAACUGUCAGCUUUGAUGAAGAGAAAGGAAGCAAAACAGCAAAACAGGAAACAAAGGAAGAGAGCAGAUAACAAAGCUGUUCAGACGGGAGAACGAGUGAAUUACCGCUUCAAAAGAGAUGCAUCACUGGAGUCUGCAGUGCUUCGUCAGCUCCCAGACAGUCCAAUUAUGUUCUUGGCCAGCACCACAGAAGGUGCUAACGGACCCGGUACAGUCCUUUUUGAAAGCGUGACCCUAAAUCAUGAACAGUUAUACUCGCCAAAAACGGGCAUAUUUCGUGCUCCUACUUCUGGUGCUUACCUCUUUGUGGUAACACUGGACUUUGGACCGGGCCCAUGUCUGGCUCAAUUAAAGAGAGGUGGAGAGGUAGCGGCCUCCUUACGGCAGAACCAGAGGAAGUUGGGUGCACCUGCAACACGUGUCUGCAUCCUGAGGAUGGAGCAAGGAGAGGAACUCCGUCUAGAGCUGCUACAGGGAACGAUAGAGAGCAACAACCCACAAGAUAACACGUUUGCGGGUCUACUGAUGCUCCAGACCACCUGAGAACAUGCAACUUACUAAAAGUGCAAAAGGACUGCAAGAUGGCAAACAUAUAUAAUUAUUUUAUUUUUUGCACUGCUCAACACUUCAAUUUCUCAUUCAGGAUCUGAGAGACUAAAAUAACAGCUAGCAAUUAUGAAACUUACCUUUGGUUUCAGUGUGACAACUACGAUAUUCCUAAUAAGCGGAAAAAUGGAUGUCAAGGUAUUUUACUUUUUCAGUUCAUACCAAACAAACAAAACAACCCACAGAAAAAAUUUGUCCUAAAAUUAUAUUUGUUAAAGAUUACAUGGACAAAUAUUAUACAGUUCGAGGCUAAUCUUACACAGGGGCUGAAUAAAACAAAAAGCAGUUUCAGAAUUAUACAGGUUAUUUAAUAUAUUACAUAGCGAUGGGCUGGGUGAUACUAUGGGAGAGCACAAUGAAAUAUCUACAGGCUUAUAUACAGUAAUGGGGAACAAAAACACAUCCUUUCAACAUAUUUCAUAACUCAGAUUACAGUGAGGUGAUGCAUUCUCAGUUUUUGGAUGAAGUACAGAAGCCUUAGGGCAUGGAUGCAAAAUUCAGCAUUUGGGAAAAUGUAAGAUUCUUCUGGAAUAGCCAUGAUUCAAACUUUCUUUAAUGCAGUCAAAAGCUAACCUAAUGUUUUAAAAAACCCUUUUAGCCACAGAAAAGCAUUUGGUACAGAUGAUGAACAAUUUCAUAGAUUUAAUUUUCAUACUUCUUUUAUAGUAAGAGCAACAAAUGUAUAUUCAUAUACAGUAAAUCUAGUGUUUCUCUAGCGUACCGUACUGUAUGCUGAAGUUAUCCACAGAUAAAGUUUCCUUUAAUAGAUCUAUUAUUUAUUUUCAGAAUAUUUUAAAUCCUUUUGUAAGCAUGUCAGUAACCUUGACAUAUUGUGUUAAUCAAGAUACCCUUUUGACAUUUCCGGGCAUACUGUUCGACAAAGCACCUUAGUCUGGCACGUAGUAUAUUCACACAUCCUGUCUUUAAGAGUCCAGAUAGUGGGGGAAAGAACGAUUGUGAAUUGUUCAACUACUAUUAAAAAUCGCAUUGGGCUUUUCAAUGGCACUGAGAAGAAUAAAAAGUAAAUAAAACACUGCAUUUUCUAAAGAAUAAAAAACAAAAUGCAUGGGAGUUCUGUAAA